CAAAGAGACAUGUACAGUACAUACACACACACACACACACAUAGAAACAUGUACACACACACAUACAUGUACAUACAUGCAAACACAUGUACAGAUACACACAUGUACAUUCACACAGACACACACACACAGCCCUAUAAAAAGUUGCAAUACUUCGUUACCUUCACUCACUGAGCCAGGUACUGCACUCUAGGGGGAGGCAGAGAGAACAGCACACACUCCUUCCUUUGCUUUCACUUUGCUCAACUAUUGAGCACUCUGACAGCUCCCAGUGCGAGUGACAGAUACGGCCUUGAGUGCCGAGCCUGCUCCGAAAGUUGGCCCUGGGGACACACUCGCCCCCAUCAUAAUUUCCACUCGCCAAUUUGAGCAGGCGAGUGGAAAUUUCAAGGCCUGAUUUA